GCGCGCGCUAUGCCUGAUGAUCUCGGGAGACAGACGGAGCUGAGCUGAGCGCUGAACUUGAGACUGUGUCUCAGUCACGCCUCAAGUCCCUCUCACUUUCCUCCAUAUUAUUAUCGAGCUCUAAGCAGUUUAUUUUGAUUUACCGCCUUCGGUUUACACUGAAAAUUAAAAAGUAUCCUGAAUUUCUCUCCGAGUUGCGUGAGAGACUGCGCAAUAGAGGAACGUUGAACUGAAUUCAACAUGUCAAUUUUACCCUUUACUCCGCCGAUCGUGAAGAGGUUGCUGGGCUGGAAGAAGGGAGAGCAGAACGGACAGGAGGAGAAAUGGUGCGAAAAAGCCGUCAAGAGUCUGGUGAAGAAGCUGAAGAAAACGGGACAGCUGGACGAGCUGGAGAAAGCCAUCACAACUCAGAAUGUCAACACCAAGUGUAUCACCAUACCACGAUCACUAGAUGGUCGGUUGCAAGUAUCUCAUAGGAAAGGACUCCCUCAUGUGAUCUACUGUCGUCUAUGGCGCUGGCCCGACCUGCAGUCUCAUCAUGAGCUCAGAGCCAUUGAACUCUGUGAGUUUGCCUUUCACAUGAAAAAGGACGAGGUCUGCGUCAAUCCCUACCAUUACCAGCGCGUUGAGACACCAGUUCUUCCUCCAGUGCUGGUGCCUCGUCACACUGAAAUCCCCAGUGAGUUUCCUCCUCUAGAUGACUACAGUCACUCCAUCCCAGAAAACACAAUUUUUCCUGCCGGCAUCGAACCCCAGAGCAACUACAUACCAGAGACGCCCCCUCCAGGCUACAUCAGUGAGGAUGGAGAGACCAGUGAUCAUCAGAUGAACCGCAGCAUGGACACAGGGUCUCCAAACCUAUCACCGAACCCUGUGUCUCCUGCCCACAACAACUUAGAUCUACAGCCAGUGACAUACUGUGAACCAGCGUUCUGGUGCUCUAUCUCCUACUAUGAGCUGAACCAGAGAGUCGGUGAAACUUUCCAUGCCUCCCAGCCCUCUUUAACAGUAGACGGCUUCACAGACCCAUCUAACUCUGAGCGUUUCUGCCUGGGCCUGCUGUCCAAUGUGAACCGCAAUGCUGCUGUGGAGCUCACGCGCAGGCACAUUGGCCGGGGUGUGCGUUUGUACUACAUUGGUGGUGAGGUGUUUGCAGAGUGUCUAAGUGACAGUGCCAUCUUUGUUCAGAGUCCCAACUGUAACCAACGUUACGGCUGGCACCCCGCCACUGUUUGCAAGAUCCCACCUGGCUGUAAUCUGAAGAUAUUUAAUAACCAGGAGUUUGCAGCUCUUUUGGCCCAGUCUGUAAAUCAGGGCUUUGAGGCCGUUUACCAGCUCACCCGCAUGUGCACCAUUCGCAUGAGCUUCGUGAAGGGCUGGGGAGCCGAGUACAGGCGGCAGACAGUGACUAGCACCCCCUGCUGGAUAGAACUGCACCUGAACGGUCCUCUGCAGUGGCUGGACAAAGUGCUCACUCAGAUGGGCUCCCCCUCCAUCCGCUGCUCAAGUGUAUCAUAGGAAAAACACUCCCUGCAGAAAAAAAAACACAACAUAUACAAACCACGUGAUCUGGAAAAAAAAGUUUCUUCAGGAGUCGAAGGCUGAAGACCUUUAUACCUGCCAACUUAUUGGGUUCCACAGACUUGGUAGCACUUUCACACGUGUUUCUCUCAUGUUGGAGGAGUGUAUUACAGUAUGUGUAUAUACUCGUUUUUAUGUUACUGUUAGCCAUUUUUAUUGCCAUCAUUAAUAUAAAAUAUUGCCAUUUAUGAUAUAUUUUGUUAUAUACUGUAGCAUGUUUAUGUAAGAUGUCUCCUCUGUCGUGUCUGUUAUGAUGCUGUUAUGUUAGGUACAUUUUUACCAUAACAGGCUUGAUUUUUUUUUUUUUUUUUUUAGAGACAUGAAAAAAGUGCUUUUUUGUAAAGUGAGGAUAUUAAGUUUUUCAAAUAUCAGUUAAACUGUAUUUUUGAUCUUUUUUUUUGGUUUGAUCAAAAAAAUGGAAACUUUGCCCAUCUCAUAAUGUUAUGUAGUACAUAUCAAGAGGUAUUGACCUUCCUCAUGAGAAAGAAACAGGAUAUCUUUGACUUUCCAUGUCUAACAUUUUUUAACAGUGUUUUCAGACAUUGAAAACUCAAAUUAAUAUUGUUAAAACAUUCAUUUUUCCAUAUCCCGUUUUGUCCUAGCCAGUGAAAUGAGCUGUACAGCACUUUACAAAAAUAUACAAUAGCUAUUUACCUUUUUAAAAUUCACUAAACAGAAUGCUAUAUAACAAACUUCAUAUGUGCAGUUUAUGUAACACUUGUGAAGGUGUUAUCUGUGCUUCACAAUAUCUCUGUUAUGUUUGUUGAAAUGUUACAAGCUUUGUCAUUGUACAGGUACUGAGAGUUUUUCAUCUCUCAUCACGGACCCAUGCUAAGCAUGUAUGUUUGUGUGUGGAGGUUAUAUGAGGAUGUUUCCAGCCGUCCUCUGUGAGUGGUUUGUAGCAUCUGGUCUGGUGUUGAGUUCAACUUUGUCUGCAGUGAACCGGCCGUCUGUUCUGUGUGAUGGGAGUGAAUGAAUGUGAAUUAUUAUAUUGAGUUUUAUAGGAUUCAUCACUCAUAACUCCAUGUGUUGUGCCGCAUUUCAUUUGUUAUUCUUUAGUGAGUGGGUGAGGAGCUGUUCAAGGUCUGGUGAGGUCUCUCAGUUGUCUGCUUCGGAAAAUAAAUUUCCUCUUCGUGUUGUGGUGGUUUUUGAAAACUGGGCAUUACAUCAUUUUGCACACAAAGUAGUUCAUGCUUCAUAUCUCACAGUGUUGGUUGUGUCUGUAUACAUCUGUGGAUAUGAACUCUUACCUGUGAGUCCUUGUGUCCUCAAAUCUUCUAGAAAUGAAACUGAGUGAGUGUGCCUUCGCAUCAACUUUCACAAAAGAGUUUGUAAAUAGUAUAUUGGAGACUUCUUUACAGGUGUUCAUUCAUAUUGAGUAAGUGGGUUGUCCAGUGUUGGACUACUCAGGGUUGUGAUCUUUUCGCAGCUGAACUUGUAAAUAUGUCUGAUAAAUUGAUUAUGCAUGCCUAUUUUCUGAAAUUCAUGCCAUUUGUACUGUAGACUCUAUUUUGCUACCAAAUAUUUUUUCAGAAGCGGGACGGGAAUGUAAAUGCUCUUAUCUGUGUGUUUGUAACCGUCGAAGAAGUGGGGUGGGGGGCUGUACUGCUGGCAGGUUUUUGUAAGGUUAACCCUGUAUUUUUAUAUACGUCAGAUACUCAUAGGAUAUGGAGAGGGGCUUGUGGAAGGGAAAUGUCACAAUGGGCUUUGUGAAAGCCAGAUCAUGUACAGUACUUUCAGUUAGCAGCAGGUCAGUGUGAUGCGCUUGCAAUGAGGAGCUCUUUGCAUGGCUUUUGAAAUCUCUGGUCUCCCAAUGUGUUAUAAAGGAAUCAUGGAGGAAAGUUGCAUUUAGGUGCAUCACGUACUUCUCGGAUAGGAGAAAAGAUGUGUAACAUCUGUGUGCUUAAAUGUUCAUGUUUCAAAACGUGUUAUUGUAUGAAUAGGGUUCCUUGAAAUGUAUUUAAAACCUCUUGAUGACAUCCGGCAAAGACAAAAUAGAAGGUACUGAUAUUAUUCAGGAAAUGAUUUAUUGUCCAUCUAAGCAAACAUUAGCUGUUUUCUUUGAGAGGAAGAAAAUCAAAUCUCAUUUUCUCAACAAAUUGUUGAAUAUAUUUUAAGUAAUGUGCAUUUAUUGUGCUUGUGUUAAACUUUCACGUUCAGUGACGUUGUGGCUUAGUGGUGAUUGUUGUGCUUGACAUGUUAGAUUUUUUUCUCUGUAUAAGUAUAUAAUCUUUAUUAUUUCUCUCCAUCUUUAAAGAUUGUCGAGAAAAAAAUAUUUGUUUGUUAUUGUUGUACUUUUAAUAAAUAUGUAAAUGGAAAAAAGUCUCA